ACUUUUAAUCUCUGCACUAGAAAGACCAACGAAGCUCGAGUGGGGAAAAAAUCGAGCCCAGGGUAAAAUUUUAGCCCUAAAUUUGUCCAACUUUCUCUUAAAUUUCCAUUUUUGGCUUCCGAAGGAGUUGAUGGUGCUCGAGUCGCGACCAAUUUCUAUUAGAUCGGGGAGUUUUUAAUGUUUGGGAAAGAUUCGGAGUUUUUUGAGCUAGGGUUUCAUGGCGAUUUCUCUUGUUUUCGUUGCUGAUUAGAUUCGCAAUCGCUCUUGGAUAAGGCCCAUUCUCUGUUGAUCCAAAGUAUGUGCGGUGGUCCAGAACGCAUUAAACCCUCGUCGUCGUCAUCAACAUCAUCAUCUGAUAAUUAUUUGCAGAAAACCAUGGAUAGCAACGGCAACAACCACAACGUCACUGUUGAAACUGAUGAUUCUUUUGGUAGCCUUCUUGAACUCGCAGCUAACAACGAUCUCGAUGGGUUUCAGAAAUUGCUGGAUCGAGACCCAUCAGCGAUCGAUGAGAUUGGGCUUUGGUACGGAAGAAAGAAGGGAUGUAAUCAGAUGGUUUUGCAGCAUAGAACUCCUUUAAUGGUUGCUGCUACUUAUGGGAGCCUUGAUGUGUUGAACCUUAUCCUUUCGGUAUCGGGGGCUAAUGUUAAUCGGAGCUCCAGUGAGGAUAAGACCACUGCUUUGCAUUGUGCUGCGGAUGCCGUCCAGUCCUUGUUGUCUGCCGGAGCCGAUCCUGAUGUUGAAGAUGCUAAUGGGCUCCGUCCCGCUGAUGUUAUUGUUGUUUCCCCGAGAUUGGCCAACGUGAAACUUGCCCUUGAAGAGCUUUUGGGUAAAUCUAGUGUUAAUGGUGGCGAUGGUGUCAAUGAUCAUCCUUCUCUUCGUGUUUCGAUUAGCAAGCCCAGUAUUGAAGAUGGUGGGUCUCCAAGGAUUUCAACGUCUUCGACUGUGCCUGAGAAAAAAGAGUACCCGAUUGAUCCUUCACUACCCGAUAUCAAGAAUAGCAUUUAUGCCACUGAUGAGUUUAGGAUGUUCUCAUUCAAGGUCAGGCCUUGUUCAAGAGCUUACUCUCAUGACUGGACCGAGUGCCCAUUUGUUCAUCCGGGUGAAAAUGCACGCAGACGUGAUCCAAGAAAGUACCAUUACAGUUGUGUGCCGUGUCCUGAUUUUAGGAAAGGAGCUUGUCGGAGGGGAGAUCUUUGCGAGUAUGCGCAUGGGGUGUUUGAAUGUUGGCUCCACCCGGCUCAAUAUCGCACUAGACUCUGUAAGGAUGGAACGAGUUGCAACCGAAGGGUUUGCUUCUUUGCUCAUACUAAUGAAGAGCUUCGUCCUCUAUAUAUGUCCACUGGAUCGGCUGUUCCCUCUCCUGCGAUGGAGAUGGCUGCAGUUAUGGGGCUUAUGCCGGGCUCUCCAUCAUCUGUUUCUGGAGUCAUGUCUCCUUUCACACCACCCAUGUCGCCAUCGGCUAAUGGGCUGUCACAUUCAGGACUUAACUGGCCACAGCCCAAUGUUCCAACUCUGCAUCUCCCUGGGAGUAAUCUGCAGUCGAGUAGGCUAAGGUCAUCUCUCAGUGCUAGGGAUAUGCCCGUUGAUGACUAUACUAUGAUGCAGGAUUUUGAAGCUCAGCAGAUGAUUAAUGAUUUGUGCCUUUCUCGUCUGGGUUCGGCUUCUGGUAAUCGUGGAUCAGCAGCAUGGUCCAAGACAUUGACACCAUCCAAUCUCGAUGAACUUUUUUCUUCUGAGAUCUCGUCGUCUCCUAGGUAUAAUUCUGAGCAGGGGGCUAUGUUCUCUCCAUCGCACAAGUCUGCGAUUCUGAAUCAGUUCCAACAGCAGCAGCAGAGCCUGCUCUCUCCGAUCAAUACUAGCGUGUUCUCUCCCAAAGCGGUGGAAACCCAGCAGAUGACCGGUCACAACACACUCUUGCAGGCCUCACUUGGGAUUUCUUCACCUGGCCGGAUGUCUCCCCGAAGUGUAGAGCCUAUUUCCCCGAUGAGCUCUCGGUUGGCUGCACUUGCUCAAAGGGAGAAACAGCAACAGACACUCCGGAGCCUCAGCUCCCGUGAUCUAGGCUCAAACAAUUCUGCAAUUGCAGGAGCUUCCAUGAGUUCGUCCUGGUCCAAGUGGGGGUCUCCGUCCGGGACUUUAGAUUGGGGUGUGAAUGGUGAAGAAUUGGGUCGUCUCAGGCGAUCAUCAUCCUUUGAGAUGCGACCUGGAGGCGAGGAACCGGACCUAUCGUGGGUCCAUUCACUGGUGAAGGAAUCCCCACCUGAGAAAAUGGACGCGGCUGCUACAGUGGCAACAGCAACAAAUACAGUGCCUGCUGCUAACGGUGAAGGCUCCAGUUCAGAUGCUCAGGUGGAUAACAAUGAUCAGGCUGCUGCUUUAGGUGCUUGGCUGGAACAGAUGCAGCUUGAUCAAAUGGUAGUUUAGUUGAGAUUCUCAAAAUUUCUUCUAAUCUACUUUUUGAAGGGAUUAUUAAUACCUGCAAAUGACUAUUAGUAAAUAGUAUUUUUUUGGGAGGAAGGCAAUCAAGGAGGGAAAUGGGGAGGUAAUUCGUUUUCUUUAAAAAGCAUUUGUUAUUACUUCAAGAGUUAAGACAGGAAUCAUGGGAGGGAGUUCUCUGGGUUAACUCAAAGGUCUACCUGGGUAAAUUGCUCCCCCGAUAUCUUUUAUUUUUUUCAGUCUUUUUCCUUACAUCUCUAAAGGAGGACUAUAUGCUUAAUAGCAUUGAAACAUAUCUAGCUUUUGAUUUUUUGACUUUGAUCUUCCCUAUUAUUAUGUUGGUAAACUUGAUCUGUUUGAAGAAGGUUGGGGAGGCCUGUAGAAUUAUUCUCCUCUUUCUUGAUCA